AUGGCUGCCAAGAACGUGAACUUUACAGUGGAAGACAUCUCCUUCAAGGCCAACAACCACAUAGCCUUGUUGGACAUUCCGACAAACAAAACCAUCAAAAAGGACGCUGCAGCCUUUCAAAGGAUGUCCUCAAUCGCCUACGCUCUCAACCAUGAACCUGUCAUGGUUAGGGAGGCCUUCAGCAUGCCAGACCUCCCUGAUAAUGAGACACUCACUACUGGACCUGAGGUAGCCCCUCUCGAAGCUCCUCAACAUACUGGUGCUCAUCCUCACGAGCGCACCAUGGAGCCAACUAGCGUUAAUCCUUCAGAUAACGAUGAAGGCCCCUCAGCUCGUGACGAUGACCUUUCCAUCACCUCUGCAUCUGUUGCUAGUGAUGUGGAAGAAGAAGUUGAAGAUGAUGAUGAUGAUGAUGAUGAUGAGGAAUGCGAUUCUCCCAACCUCCCUGACUCCGGCAGCGACCUGGAUGACGACGAUGAUGACGACGACGAUGAAGACAACUUCACCAUCUAG